CUCUCCUUCACUGCAACUUCAGCAUCCAACAAUGGCGAUCAACUUCACUACUAAGCUCACUCUCCUUUCUCUCCUAGUUCUCGCUCUUCUCAUCCUCCCCUCUCACUGCGACACCAGGCGCGAGGAGGAGGACGACGACAAAUCUCCAGAGGAAAGGCUGAUCGAGUGCCUCACAAGGUGCAGCAGGGAGCAGCCGAACGAGGGACGAUCCGCCGACUGCGAGAGGAAAUGUGUGGGGCGGUUCAAGCAGCAGAAGGAGGAGCAACAGGAGGAGCGCCGCCGCGGCGGUGGCGGAGAGGAGCAGAGCCGCCGUGAUCCUGAGCAGCGAUUCAGAGAGUGCCAGAGCAGAUGCGAAGCGGAGCAAGGAGAGCGGAGGCAGUACUGCCAGCAGAGAUGUCGCCAGCAAUUCGAGAGGGAGAGAAGAGAGCAAGGCGGCGAGGGGAAUCGCCGAUCGAGCAGAGGAGAAGAGGAGAAACAGGAAAGCGAGAAUCCAUACUAUUUCGAGUCGAAGAGGUUCGAUACGACGUUCAAAACCGAGGAAGGGCAAUUCAAAGUUCUCCAGAGGUUUUCCGAGAGAUCGGAGCUCCUCCAAGGAAUAGACAACGAUCGAAUAGGUUUCCUGGAAAUAAAUCCCCAAGCCAUCGCUAUCCCUCACCACGUCGAUGCUGAAUCCGUUUUCGUGAUCGUCGGAGGGAAGGGAACAAUAAACUACAUAUGGCAGAACCAGAGGCGAUCGUUCAAUUUGAGGCGUGGAGAUGUAAUUAGGGUUCCUGCAGCAUCAAUCAACUACAUAAUUAACAACGACAACGAAGCAAAACUCUACGCUCUGAAAUUCAUGCGUCCUGUAAACAAUCCAGGCAAAUUUCAGCCGUUCUACGGUGUGGGGGGACAGAAUCCAAAAUCAUUCUUCAAUAUUUUCAGCGACGAAAUACUCGAAGCAGCUUUCAAGAGUCCGAGGAAGGAUCUGAAGAGGCUAUUCGGGCAGCAGGACAAGGGGGUAAUAAUCAAGGCCUCUGAAGAGCAGAUCAGGGCAUUGAGCCAAGAAUCAGAAUCGUCGAGAGGAAGAAGAGAGGGGGAGAAUUGGGGGCCAAUCAAUGUGUUCGAGCAGCGGCCAUUGUCGAGGAACGAGUACGGACAGCACUUGGAAGCCUCUCCCGAACAGCACGAGCAGCUGAAGGAUUUGGAUCUAUCAGUCGGAUUCGUGAACAUCAAGAAAGGUGCCAUGACUGCUCCUUAUUACAACUCGAGGUCGACGAAAGCGGUGAUUGUUGUUCGGGGGAGAGGCAGAUUCGAAUUGGCGAGUCCCCAGUUCUCUUCGAAGAGAGAGCAGAAAGGCGACACGCCCUACGAGAAGGCGAGUGCAGAUUUGUCCGUUGGGGAUGUGUUCAUCUUCCCGGCGGGAUUCCCCAUCGCCAUUGUUGCGCACAAGGAUUCUGAUCUGGAGCUGGUUUCGUUCGGAAUCAGGGGGUCUAACAACCAGAAAUACUUCCUAGCGGGGAGAGAUAGUGUGUGGGAGAAAGUGCAGGCGGAGGCGAAGGAGCUGUCGUUCAGGCUGCCGGCGAAGGAGGUUGAGGAGAUACUUAGGAGGCAAGGAGAGUCGCAGUUCUUCGCAGGUCCGAAUUGGCAGAAGGAGAGAGAGGAGAGGUUUGUGGGAUCUGUUUUGGAAUUUGCAGGCUUUUAAUUUAAUGGAGUUGGGUUGAGGAAGAAGAGAGGAGUCUGUGGUGUUUGUAGUUUCUUGUGUAAUAAAUAAUACAUGAGAGAGAGAGAGAGAGAGAGAGAGAGAGAGCGCUUAUGUCCAUAAUAAUAAUAAUAAUAAUAAUGAAUGAUAAAUAGAUAAAUAAAUUAAAUCAAAGCUCCAUAAUUCCUUUCA